UAGUGAGGUAGAGCUCAUGGGUUCAGUGUUCAUUCAGAAAUCUGAAGGCAGAGGGGAAGAAGCUGUUCCUAAAACAAGCCACACACACAAAAUGCUGGAGGAACUCAACAGGCCAGGCAGCAUCUAUGGAAGCAAGUGCAGUCGACGUUUCGGGCCGAGACCCUUCGGCAGGAUUGGGGGUUUAUUCCCCUUGAAGGUAGAAGAUUGAGGGGAGAUUUGAUAGAGGUAUACAAUAUUAUGAGGGGUAUAGAGAGGGUAAAUGCAGGCUUUUCCCAAUUAGGUUGGGUGGGACAACAACCAGAGGUCAUGGGUUAAGGGUGGAAGGUGAAAAGUUUAAAUAGCGCAUGAAGGGAACCUUAUUCACUUGGAGGGUCGUGAGAGUAUGGAGUGAGCUGCCAGCACGAGUGGUCCAUCGGAGCUCGAUUUCAACAUUUACGAGAAGUUUGAAUAGGUACAGUAAUGGUAGGAGUGUGGAGAGCCGUGGUCCAAGUGCAUCUCAAUGGGAGAAGGCAAGUUAAAUUGUUUCUGCAAAGACUAGAUGGGCCUCCGGGUCUGUUUAUCUGCUGUAUUUCUCUAAGAUGUUCUGGAUGUUGGACAGGCUAGCGCCCGUGACGGAGCUGAUUGAGUUUACAAAUUUCUGCAGCUUAUUUCAAUCCUGUGCAGUGGCCUCCUCCGUUCCCCCCAUACCAGACGGAGAUCAUCUCUCCGGUACAUCUGUAGGAAUUUGCAAAUGGGAUUGCUCAGGCACAGACAUAAUUGGCCGAAUAGCCUCGUUGGGAAAGCACGAAAAUACGUAAUGUUGCAGAACAUUGCAAUCAGAGCACUAACUUUAACACUACCCUGCUGAAGUAAUUCUAUCAAUGCUCUUUGCAUGUAGACCUGGAAAUUAUUCUCUCUCAGGUGCCUCACCAGAGCAAACCACUGAGGUUGUUGAUCUGUGGUGGUAGCUGGCAUGCUGAAGGAUAGGAAGGCUCUUCGGCCCUUCGGAUCCAGUCUGCUAUUUAAUAGAAUGAUAGCGGUUGAAUUGAACUCGGUUCCACUCCCCACCCCGAUCUUUGACUGCUUUGUGACCUUUCAUCGGAAACUACAGAUCUAAAGUGUUUGGAAGUCAUCUCCAGGUGAACUGUGGCAACAUUUCCUCCCCCCCACCCCAUCAGACUCAGGGCUCAGAGGGCGGAGCCUAUGCGUCACCAGAUGGACAGAUGAAAAGCACAAUCAGAGAGGGGCGUGCAACUGCUUUGUUACGGGCGGCCAGUUGGACCAAUGGCAGUACGCAGAAAACGGGGCGGUACCCUAAUUUGAUGGACAACAGGAUAAUCCAAUCAGCAAAGGGAUCAGGACAAUGGGCUUGGAAGAUAGACCAAUGGAGACAGGAGGGAGGCGGCACCAGCGGGAUUUUUUCCUGGCGUGAAAGCAGGUGGAAUCUAUGUAGCGAGGAGGGAAGGUGGCGGAGUGGAGUUGAGUUCGGAGUUAGGAUCCUCCGGAGUCCGGUGCCAGGUAGCAGCGACCUCGGGCUUUCUCCGUGCGCCGAGGGCAUGUCGCUGUUGGAGCAGAGUCAGCAGUGGUAUCCCACCCACGUCAGGGUGGUGGUGAUCCGAGCCCGCGGGCUGCGCAGCAAGGGCAAGGAUGGUACCAACGACGCUUUUGUCAUCAUGCAACUGGGCAAGGAGAAGUACUCCAGCUCGGUGGCCGAGAAGAGCAGGGAGCCGCAGUGGAGGGAGGAGGCCGAGUUCGAGCUGCCGCUGCUGCAGCAGGGCGCCAAGGAGAGGAGCACCCUGUACCUGAUCGUCACGCACCGAGCCCUGGUGGGGCUGGACAAAUUCCUGGGCCAGGCGGUGAUCGACCUGGGCGAGCUGUACCAACACAAGACCAGGAAUAAAGUCGGGUGGCAUAAGCUUCACUCAAAGCGUGGGAAGAAGGAGAAAGAGAGGGGAGAGAUUGAAGUGGACAUCAGGUUUGUGCGGAACAACAUGACGGCCAGCAUGUUUGACCUCUCAAUGAAGGACAAGUCCCGGUCGACUCUUGGGAAGCUGAAGGACAGAUUCAAGGGAAAGAAGAAAGAUGGGUUCUCCGAUUCCAUGUCGGCAGUCGUCCCCAGCACCGGCGCCUCUGCUGACAGCCACGACGAGGAUGUGGCUCCAAAGAAGUCCAAGCUGAAGAUGCUGUUCCCCAAGUCAAACCUGCAGCGAAACACUCUGUCACAGUCCAUGUCUGUCCUACCCACUGGCCCAACUUCCCCAGCUGAUGUCUCCAAGAAAGCCUUUGACGAAGACUUGACUGAAAUUGGACUGCAGAACUCUCCUGAAGAGGAAAGCUCAAGCAAGACUUUUCAUGUACCGAAAAUUAUGACCCACAAGAGGACUUCGAGUGCAGACACCAAGCAGGUGAAUUUAACGCCAUCAGCCAUGGGGAAGAAAGAAGCUCCUUCGUUUUUCGGUGGCCUGAGACCAAAGAGUGACCCGAUGUCACAGUCCAAUCUCUGCAUUAAUGGCAGCCAUGUUUACAAUGAGGAGCCGAAUCCCAUCGCUCACUCGAAACCAAGGGGUGAUCCCAAGCUGACGUCAAACAGUCAGUUCUACGCCUCCCUGGAGGACCUGUCGUCCAAGUCGACCACCCCCUCAGCUGAGACGAGCGGCGGACUCUUGUUCGGUGUCCAAGUGCCGAAAUCUACGACCCCGUCAGCCUCCCAGAGCUUCGGGAGCACGGAUGACCUGACCACCCAAAGGUCUGACCAGCUGAAGGAGAGAGAUGUUAGUCUGCCCCGGAGCCCCGAGAGGGAGCAGUCCCCAGGUAAAAUCACUGAUACAGUGAAUGUCGUCGGGGGCAGUACCAAGUCACUCAACCCUUUCGAGGACAUGGCUGAAGAGGAGGAGGAGAAGAAAGUUCAGCCCACUCCAGAGGUUGAAGCAGUGACCAAAAAGGAGGAGCCCAAACGAGGUGGCAUCUUACCUCUGUUCUCCAGGAAGACUGAAGCUGUCAAGGCUUCUGGAACCAAGGACUCGCAGAACCCCUUUGACACGGCAGAGGUGAAGAAACCACCCAUCUCCUUGUGGGGAAACAGGACUGCUGCUGUCAAACCCAAACUGGACGUGUCUCCAGAGGCCGAAACCAAAGCCAGCUCCUUGUCAUCUCCUUUGCUUACAGAGCCCUGCUCUCCUUCCUUUCCUGCUGUGAGCGAUCCCUUUAGCUUGGCUCCUGCUAUAGGUUUGAAAGGCUCUGCCUCUUCCAGCCUCCAUUUGACCUAUAGCCCAGCUGCGCAACCUCUACACUCUUCGUUGAAUGCCAAGUUGGACUCGGUGGGAUCGUCAUCUUGCGCAGAUGAGUUCCAACUCUCACCUUCGCCUCUGCCUUCUGCUUGUGGCUCCUCUCCCCCUUCCACCUCCUUAGACACCCAAACCAGCCAGUUCCCCACUGAGUUUGUUGUGGGACGAUCUGAGGAAGCUGAGGUGCCAUACAUACAGAGCAGCAAGACGUCGGCUCAGUGCAUGUUCCAGGAGCUGACUGGAAGGAGUGUUGGCGAAGAUUGGCCCAACAGCGCAGUUGAGCAAUGUGACCUGUCUCAAAGUUCUCCAAUUGAAAUAAUUCCAGAAGGCAGGUUAGAAAACACUGAAGAAGUUGGGGGUGGAGGUAGUGAAGAGGAGAUGGAGAUGCCUGGGAGUAUGGCUUCACAAGGAGAGGUGUCUGUGGAUCCUUUGCCCUUGAUCAACUUCGACUCUAUGUCAGUGUCAGAAGCCAGCCAGCCUUUGGAACCACCUAACAUCUCGCCCUGCAGCAGCUUGUCCAGUUCAGAUGUACAGUUGGUCCAGGGGGAGAAGGUUCUGCCAACUCCUGCACCAAGGAAAUUAAUGGCAAUGAACCAAGUCAGUGAUGGCUUAUUGCAACCUUCAGAGGAACAACUGUUAGAGGACUUGAUCUCCUUUCAGUGGAAAGACGAACACGAGGAGAUGGCGGUAGGGUCUGCUGAGGGUGGAGAGACUGACCCCACUUUGGCAGUGGGGAAUUCUGUUUACGACUUGUUGACUGGCCAAGGGGAAGGUAGCUGUGGUGGAACACUGGUAGCUGAGCUUGAGCCUUCCACCAUUUUGAGGGCUGGUUCUUCAGAGGCGAUCACCGACCCUCUGGUCCCCAUGGUGGAGGAGAUGGACGUAAACAUGGGCAGUCCUUCCAGUCUGGGGACUGGCGGGCAGCUGGUCUUUCCUGGGAAGCUGGAAGUUUCUACAGAAGAGGCUUUUACAAAGGAGGAGGCAGAGGCUGGUAGUCAGUCGCCAUCUCUGGGGCCUCCAACCCCACCUGCUGUGACCCUGGCUUGGGAGGUAGAAGAACAGAGUCCUUUUGCCCUGAAAUCAGAUCAAAACCAGAUCAUCACUGAUUCCAGUGACCUGGGCAGCUCGCAGUUUGUGAUGAUGGAGACUAAUGACAGCGAAGCCCACUUGCAGGAGUUGGUUAAUGAAAGUCAAAGUGACAAUGAAGUGACCUUGAGUGAAUUUGAGGGGGAGCCUUUUGAUCAGAGCACAGAUAAAGGUAAAGGAACAGCUCUUCCUGAUAAAAACGACAGUGAAAAACUAUCUGUGAAAGCUAAUUUUGGGAAUCCAGAGCUAACGGCUGAUGUUAUCGAGCCACAUACUUUGGAUGUUGGCCAUGGUUUGCACUUGAAUGAAGGGCCUUUCACUGAUCAAGAAUUGCAGAGUUCUGCGAGUUUGGCAGUGGCUUCCUCUAGUUCUGCCCAGCUGGUUGAGUCCGUUGACUUUGUCUAUGGAGAGGCUGGGGCUUCUCCUACACCUUUGGAUUCUGUUGGGCUCUUGGUUCCUCCUCUGUCUCCGCCCGCUUUGUUGCAGUCCGCUUGCCCUGUGCCCGAUGAUCCUCCUCCAGCUGGGAGUUCUCACGAAGCAGAGAGCUCUGGCCAGAAGAAGCUGCUUCAGGCAAAGGUUUUGCCUACAGAGAUGCAACCAAUUCCCUCGCAAAGCAAUGGGUCAACAGUGCCUUCUAAACACAGACCCCACCCAGUGAAGCCCAUGAGUGCAGUGGAGACGCGAUUUAACGCAAGGUCUCCGGAGGAGAAUUUGAAGAGCAAGAUCAAGAAUAUGAAUGUAUUGGUGACGAAGUCUGCUGGGCACUCAUUGGUGGUAAAUGAAAAUCAAACCCUCAAGGAUUAUGAUCCUUCUGAUGCGGCAGCCGCCUACUCCCAGCUCACCCACGACGAGUUGAUCCAGCUGGUGCUGAAGCAGAACGAGGUGAUUGCGAAGAAGGACGGUCACCUGCGGGACCUGGAGAGCUACAUUGACAACCUUUUGGUCCGCGUCAUGGAGGAGACUCCCAACAUCCUCAAGGUGGCAUAGUAACCCAGCGGGAGGGCACAAAGAGUGUGCGAUGGCGAGAAAUGCUGCUCUGUGCUCCAAGAUAAUGUCUUGCACCAACUGCCGACCGACUCGCGACCCACAGACUAAACCCAGUGACUCAGUGGAGCCUGUGCUCCAUCUUGCAUUCCCUUCGAAUCCCCUCCAUUCGGGUGUUGAUCAGGGUGCCUCCUAGAGUCGCACAGCAGUCACUCAACUCUAGUUGCACUCUGGGAUCCCAUCACAUAGUGGCUUAACUGUCUGGGGUCAAAGAGGCAGGAGAAGGGACUCGGGCUGCAGUGGGUAGUCUUGCUCCACCUGUGACCAACCUGGCCACUUACCUCAACAUCAGUGUGUUAAUGUGAUUCCAAUUGAGCCCUGAACACUCUUUUGGGUUUGUUUUGCCAUAUUGAGUGUAACGGUCAGUACAUGCCGCCUUCAACCUGAAAAUGUGUACAACAAUUUGUACGUCACCGUGUUACAAGACAUCCCAUAUUGGUAUAGAUUUACAGACCCGCUUCUGUCACUGGACAGCAGAGAAUGAAUUUUGACAUGUUGUAGACAGCCUGACUUUGUGAAGGUAAGCUGCCCGUCAGCUGUGUUGCUGGGCUUUUUAAGUCCUACCUCCCAUGUCAAGGCUGCGUGCAAACCCUGAUCUGAAAAGUCACCUACUCUGUGGACUUGGAGGAAUGGCCAGCACUGACUUUGGGUUCAGUUGUUCUCUGAUCUUGUCAAUCCAUAUGCAAACAUUUCAUCGUCAUAUGAGGAGACGUCAUCAGAGUGCUGUUAAUUGUGUUGUGUCCUCUGGAUGCUUGGCAUUUAUUAUCAAUCAGCUGAUUGGCCAUUGUUACAGAAACUCAAGUGUGACGUAGUGAUGGGGCCUUGUUGCUGAUUGGUUGCAUGGUGAGCUCUGUGCUUUGCCUGGAAUUUUGCCCGCACUGGCUUAUAAAAGGAAACGAGGUCUUCAUGUUUGUUUAUAGAACUGUUUGCGGAAAACCACGCUUCUAGGAAUGGUGACAAAAUGUUUGCAAAUGGAUUGCCAAGAUUGAAGAGGAAUUCAACCAGACCGUCAACAUCCUGAGCUGCACUUCGACUUAUUUCCAGUACUGACUUUGCUAACAAUCAGGAAAGGAGAAGUUGCACCCCACUGUCACGUUAUUCGUCUGAGGAAUCUUUGCAGUGGGGGUGAGAGGAGGGGAAAAAAUACCUUUUUGGCCUGGUGAGGUGUGUGGUGAGGAAGCAAUAACCUGCAGGGUGUUAGGUGGGAAUGGAUCUUAGCUGCUUCUUGUGACCUCCUGUCUCUUUACCUCGGUGUGGAGAUUCUUCCUGUCUUUCUUGAAUUCUCUUGAAUGCUCUUCCCAGCUGCAAACCUCCUCUAGAAUUGGAGUUAAAACCCAAUUUCUAAGUUCCAGGGUCCCUAAUUCACCUAUUGGGGUCUUUAAAUUUACUAGCUAACGAGAUCUGUUUUUCUAAAAUCCUACCUUAUUGAGUUUGAAAAGCCGCAAAACUGCAGCUGCUGAAAAUCUGAGAUAAAACCAUACGUGAUGGACUAUUGUGUUUUGACAGUUUCUGUAGAGAGAAAGGGGAAACUUUCUGGGUCAACUGUCUUCCAUUGGAGAUAUUUUCACUUGAUAGCACAAGGGGAACAUUCAUCUUUGGAGAUAUUUUUGUGAUGGAACAGGGUUUUGAGCCAGUGUUUUCAUGUUAUUCAUCAUUAUAUAUGCCUUAUCUUAUGACAUGGGCAAUCGUGGUCUAGCCAUGACAAUGAUUGUUCUUGGCAAAUUUUUCAGUAGAAGUGGUUUGCCAUUGCCUUCUGAGCAGUGUCUUUACAAGACUGGUGACCCCAGCCAUUAUCAAUACUCUUCAGAGAUUGUCUGCCUGGCGUCAGUGGUCACAUAACCAGGACUUGUGAUCUGCACCGGCUGCUCAUAUGACCAUCCACCACCUGCUCCCAUGGCUUCAUGUGACCCUGAUUGGGAGCUAAGCAGGUGCUACACCUCCAAGGAUGACCCACAGCUAGAAGAGGGAUGGAGCGCCUUACACCUCCUUUGGUAGAGAUGUAUCUCCAGUCCGCCACCCUAAUGGCAUUAUAACCCACCCCAAAUUGUCCGUGAAGGUGGGGGUGACUUGUUUUCUUCAACAAUUGCAGUUAGUUGAGAUGCUUCCAACAGGUCCUGUGGAGGGAGUUCUGGGGUCAAAAACAGUAACGAUGUAGAAAUAAAGAUGAGAUUCUGCAGAUGCUGGAAAUCCAGAGCAACACACACAUAAACUGUUGGAGGAACUCAGCAGGUCAGGCAGCAUCUAUGGAAAUGAAUAAAUGGUCAAUAUUUCAGGCUGGGGCCCUUCAUCAGGACUGAAAGGGAAGGGGGAAGAAACCAGAACAAGGAGGUGGGGAGAAGGAUAGCUGGAGGCUGAUAAGUGAAGCCAGGUGGGUGGGGGAGGUUAGGAUAAGGUAAGAAGCUGGCCGGUGAUGGGUGGAUAAGGCAAACGGCUGAAGGAGGAAAUUGAUAGGAGAGGAGAAAUAUGAAGAAAUGUUGAGGUGCUUGAAGUGGCAGAUCUAGUAGUGCACACUGGCUGCUAUCUUCAAUUACUGACUUUCACCACUUAAAUGUAAAGUAAGACUUUUAAAACAUUGCCAAUGGAAAAGUUAACUCACAACAGGAAAAACUCGGCAUCAUUAAUUUCAUUCUCUUUUUGGUUUUGAAUUGGGAAGGUAAAUGUUCUGCAGAUGCUGUAAAUCUGAAGUAAAAAGCAGAAAUGCUGGAGAUACUCAGCAGGUCACGCAGCAUCUGUAGAGGAAAUAUUGAAAAGAGGAUUUUUCUCUCCACAGAUGCUUUCUAUCUCGAUAUACAUGUUCAACACUUUUAAAAAUAUAAUUUCAAAUUGUGUGCUUGUGGAACUGAAGAAUCCCAGAUGUUAGUCUGAAAUACAGUUGAAUAUAGAUUGCCUGCUAUUUUGAAAGAUUAACUAGACCAUUUCUAAGUUAAGGGACAUUUUUAAUGUUGCAGUGUUCCAAGUGAAUGGUUACAUGUAGCAGAGAGUGGUGAAGAGGAGAGGCUGUACCUCAACCUCAAUGCAACCUCAAUGCGUUAUUCACCCCACCCGUCCAAAGCAAUUUCCUUUCAGUCCACCACCUGCGAGGUCGGGGCAACCUGUCAAAGGCUGAACAAAGCUACUCAAUUGCUUCAAUUCCUGAACAUAAAUUUGAAGACUUGUGCUUGAUGGGAGGGGACACAUUCCAAUUUGUAGAAAUGAAUAAUUAUUUCUGAGACAAAUCUUUUUUAAAAAGUGUACUUUUUAAAUCUGUUGUAUUUUGUACUGACUGUUUCCUUUUAUUUGCCUCCUAAGCAAUUUGAUCCUUCCGUGACCUUGCCUUGGCCAUUCCACAUAGGUAGAUGUUGAACGUGGUACUGAUCUUGGCCACCUGUACAGGUUGAUUGAUCAUUGAUCUUCACCUGUCUGCUGCAGUGGACAUUUGUUGGGGAGAUCACAGCAAGCAGGCACUCAGACCACUCUGAACAAGUACGGCAAACCCCAGUUGGGGGCAAUAAAUGGGGAUGUAAGAAUUCAGUGUUCUCAAACUUGAUGACCAGAGGAGAACAUCCCACAUUGGGUGGGAUUUGGAACUCUACAACUUGAGGUCAAGGGUAUGAUGUGAACCUUUGACAAUAAUAUGCAUAUUUUAAAAAAAAAAUUUGCCCAAGUAGGGUGAUAUACUUUAACUAGGUCAGAUUUUUACCUCGGUCUGUUUUGGUGAUUUACGGCAUAUGAGAUUGACUUGUACAGUAACAGAUUAUUUGGUAGUUUACCAUGGAGAUUUAAAUGUGAGCAGGUACGAUUGGGGUGCUCAUAAAUCAUCAUCUUAAUAUUUCAGGCUUCAGGGAAGUGUGUGGAUUAGUGAAGCUCCUGUGUGGGAGAGUACUCUGAAUGAAUCCAUACAUGCCAGUUUUCAUUUGACACAAAAGUAUGUUAUUUUCAAUCAAUUGCAUCACAAUUGAAUUGUAGAUGUAAAUAGAUCUUUGGUAUUUGGGUGCAAAUAUUAAACGAUUGGCUGAGCAAGCAAGCCAGGACCAGGCUUCGGAGCAAUUUUGUGACUUGACAGAUAGGAAGGAGGCUGUUUGGCUCAAGGCCACCUUGGUAAGAUCGUGGUUGAUUUGUGACCUGACUACAGUCCAUCUGAUGUUGAAUUUUGGGUUUUAAAAAAUCAUUUUUCAAUUAAGGAAGUAUUUCUUUUCCUUGAAUUUAAGAUUUUUUUCUUGCUAUUUUAUCUUGGAUUUAUACUGUCUACUGUACUGAGAAAAGGAAUAAUUCUGUAAGCAAGACAUUUUGAAAACCAAGUUUUGUGGUACUUGGGGUGGAGGAAUGAGUUUGAAUUCCCUUGGAAAUCCUCAGUGCUGUUCAAUUCGAAUUGAGGUCAAGGGUAUGAGGUGUUCAUUUUGAGAUCAAGAAUAAAACAGAUUUUGUUUCAAUAGUUUACACAAGUGGGGUGAUAAACCUUUAACUAGAUCUAACUUCUAACUAGUUUGGUCAUUUACUGCACUUGGAGCCAACUUUUACAGUGACAGAUUAUUUAUUGCUGGGAUUGAAUAUAAAUAAUAUUUAUCGUCAGUUGCUUGGAAGCUAUCCCAGACUUCUUCUUAAAGCCUGUUGUCAAUCCACACCCUGUCAGCUCCUCUCGGACUUCAAACAAAUUGUCCCUAACAUCAACGGUCCAAAUUCCUGGUUUGGCCAAUCUCUUGUGUUGAACCAAAAGCUCUUUUUUUUUUUCUCUCUCCAUUGAUUUGCCCUUGUUACAUUCCUCAUUACCCCGAUAUUCUACCACUUGCUUAUCCACUAGGGGCAAUCUGUAGUGGCCAAUGAAUCUUGCAGUGCCUUAGGGAUGUGGGAGGAAACCCACAUGGUCAUAGGGAGAAUGUGCAAACUCCAGCCGGACUGUCCCAGAGUUUGGGAUUGGACAUGCUUCCCCAGAGCUGUGAAACUCUGCCCCAUUGUUCCACCUGAUCUCUGUGUCCAUUCCCUCCAUGUUGGACCCCUUACUGUGAGGUCUCCGUUGUAUUUUGUGCAUAUGAUGACAUCAUUGCAUGUACUGGAAGUAAUUGCAUCAAAAGUAUUGACCUUUGUUUAUCUCGUUAGGCAAGAGGCAGAAUGCCGGGCAGACAGUUGUCUCCAUGUCCUCCACUGGUAUUCAUGACAUUGUCUGACUUGCAUAAUCCAUUCCCUGAUUCUUCAGUAAUGAGGUGUCUUCUUGCCCCAGUGCAUCCUCUGGGGCUCCUGGUCACACUUGGCAAGUUGAUAAUCUGCCCAUCAUCCCAUUCUCCUGCACAUUUGCCAAACUGCUCUACAACUUCCUAAUUUUGUAAAUUUCAAAUUUAAUUUGUCUUACUGACCAACAUAAUACCCGAGAACCCUGUUGUAGUAAACUCCGCUGAUGCUAUAGCAUUUUAAUAAAUCUUCAAUGUGGCACAGAUAAACAUGUUUUGGCGCCUAGGUGGAUGUGUAAAUAGAGCAAAAUUUUGAUCGACAUAGAAAUGCUGAGUAAAGAUGGAUGUUUUAUUUUGGGGGGAUUUAUUGCUAGACUUUAGGUCUUAAAUUCCAUCUGAUGCCAAAUUAUCUUGGAUUAAAUAAAUCUGGAUUAAGGAAAUCUUUUUCUUAGAUUUCCCUGCUUUAUCUUGGAUUCAUAUUUCCUAUUCAUCUGAGGAAGAUGCUCUCUUCAGCAGAAACCCAGUAAUUAAUUUGGGAAACUAACUUUUUGUGGUACUUGGGGGUGGAGGGAAUAAAUUUGAGUUCCCAGGGAAACCCUUACUAAUAACUUACUUCUUUGUUGGUGAUCCAGUGUGUUCAAUUAAUAUUCUGAGUUAUAUUUUAAUAUUAAUGUUUGAAGAAAUUUAUUGGAGAACUACAGUAUAUAUUUGUAGAAGAUGACUAGCACAAUUUAUUGAUUAAUUUGGGCUGGGGGGGAGAGAGAGAGACUUUGAUACUUUAGCAUUGCACCCCAGCUUUGUACCUCUGCAUUGACUUGAGGACGACUUCUGCAGAGCAGAGGCGGUGGGUAUAAAUCGAGCUGCUUUCUGCCUGUGACUCACAGGCAAUGGGUUUGUGUACAGUUACCGAUGCCAAACUGCAUGUUGAACAGUAUUGGGGAUGGGUUGUUUGAUAAUGGGCUGGAGCAGCUCCUUCAGAUGUCAAUCUCUGUGAAAGAGCCAGAUUGUACUUGGCAUCUGAGCUUGUCACCAAGGCUUUCUGAUCAUCUGUAUUGAUUUUGUUUGCUGUGAUGUAGAGUACUAUAAUCUUGCUGCUGAGUACCUCAUUAUACUGGAUAGGACACUACUGUAUAGGAUUCUAGGCAAGCUGAAAUCUAGUGGCUGGCAAUGAGUACAAGCCACUGAUUGGAGGGGGGGGGUGGGGGGAAGAGAGACGCAUGUUUCCGCCAGUGUGCAAUGAUCAAACUAAAUCUCAGAUCUGUCUUAAUAAAAGUUCUCUUCUAUUUUGGGCUUCAGAGCCCAAGACUUAAAUGGGCUUGGAGCCCAAGACUUAAAUGGGCUUGGAGCCCAAGACUUAAAUGGGCUUGGAGCCCAAGACUUAAAUGGGCUUGGAGCCCAAGACUUAAAUGGGCUUGAAGCCACCAUCAAAAACACGAGAUUCUGCAGAUGCUGGAAAUCCAGGGCAACUCACACAAAAUGCUGGAGGAACUCGGCAGGUCAGGCAGCGUCUAUGGAGGGAAAUUCAGCCCAUAUUCCAAGCCAAGACCUAUCAUCAGGACUUAACCCAAGAGCAGGUCGCUUCUAGACUUCUGCCCCAGACUCUUGUACUCUGGAGCAUCAGGCCUCCAAGCUUCACUUCCCGAUGAAUGUUGAGUCUUUAUUCCUCUCCAUAGAUGCCACCUAACCUCCGGAGUUCAUCCGGUAUUUUGUGUGUGUUGCUCAAUAAGGAGAACUGAAUGGUAAUUACAAGCAAGCAGAAGCCCUCUCUAAAGCUAUUUGAAGAGGAGUAAACUUGCUGGCACUGGUGGUGUGGGGGGGGGGGUGGGGUUUGAGGAAAAUGUUGCAGGAUAUUCAAUAGUUUUUAAUCACCUACUGAAUAUUCAGCUUGUGCACAUAAAAUUUUAUGAAAACAGCAAUAUUUAUUCCACAGCUUCCUGCAUUCUGACCAGCAAGUGAAUGUAAUAACACUUUCUACCACUUGGGUGUGUUUUAUUACUUAAUCUGAAUUAAAAUACUUCUUAUGA